ACAAGAUAAUAAUAAUUCAUCAAAAGGUGGACGUACAUCAAAUGGUUUUCAACAAAAACAACAAGAUUUAUCAGCUGUAUCAACAGUAAAUGCCAAGGUGAGUUCGAUGGCAUUAAUGGUUCAUCUGCUUAAUGACUAUAAUCAGAUGAUAUAUCUGAUUUCGAAUUCUUUUUCUUCUAUGUCUUUUCUUUCGUAUUACGUUUAUUUAUUAACACUUGUUCAUUUAUCAACACAUUCUAUUUUCGUAAAAUGA